AGGACGUAAUAUUGCAUGUGUGACCCGAGGACUACAAAAAGCUGUAGACGAAGUGGAGUCAUAUGCCUACUAGUGCUUCACACUCCAGUCCAGUUGGUGGCGGUAAAUGCACCUACAGUUGGUUUGCCAACCGCCAUAAAAAGUCAGAAGAAGAAGAAGUUCAUUCUGGGUGCAUCAGAAGACAACUCGUCCGACGAUGAAGCUUCAGCUUCGGCCAAAUCCCAAAUCAGAAAAGAGCUUAACGCAGGUCAGACCGCCAUACAGGAGACACACCCUCGCACGGGCGUGACCCAAUCUACAAGCAUGAGGUCGAGCAUGUCUGGUCUUAACCUGAUGAAGAAAGGUCGAGAGCAGAGAAGGAUGGACGUACCUCGAGAUUUCACUGUGGCCUCUCCGGCCGAGUUCGUCAAGCGAUUCGGAGGAACCCGCAUAAUAGAAAAGGUUCUGAUCGCCAAUAACGGCAUUGCAGCAGUGAAGUGCAUGCGCUCGAUCCGCCGCUGGUCCUACGAAAUGUUCCGCAAUGAAAGAACCAUCCGCUUCGUAGUGAUGGUCACACCUGAGGAUCUGAAAGCUAACGCAGAGUACAUUAAAAUGGCAGAUCAUUACGUGCCUGUUCCUGGUGGGACGAACAACAACAAUUACGCUAAUGUGGAGAUGAUUGUGGACAUCGCAAAGAGAAUUCCAGUGCAGGCUGUGUGGGCUGGUUGGGGUCAUGCUUCAGAAAACCCCAAGCUGCCGGAGCUGCUCCAUAAAGCAGGGAUUUCAUUUUUAGGGCCGUCCAGUAAAGCCAUGUGGGCUCUGGGAGAUAAAGUGGCUUCUUCUAUUGUAGCUCAGACUGCAGGAAUCCCCACUUUACCCUGGUCUGGGUCUGGUCUGAAGGUAUUGUGGGGAGAUGAAGAACAGAAACUGGGUCAUGUGAUCAGCGUCCCACCUGAACUCUAUGCCAAAGGCUGUGUUAGAGAUGUGGAUGAAGGUCUUGCUGGUGCAGAGGAGAUCGGCUAUCCUGUAGUGAUCAAGGCAUCAGAAGGCGGAGGAGGGAAAGGAAUCAGGAAAGUGGACAACACUGAAGAUUUCCCCAGCUUUUUCAGACAGGUCCAGGUGGAGGUGCCCGGCUCGCCCAUCUUCAUCAUGCAGCUGGCUCAGCAUGCACGUCACCAGGAGGUGCAGAUCCUGGCAGACGAGUACGGAAACGCCAUCUCUCUGUUCGGUAGGGACUGCUCCAUCCAGCGGCGCCACCAGAAGAUCAUCGAGGAGGCUCCAGCCACCAUCGCCUCACCCGCCACCCUCCAGCAGAUGGAGAGGUAUGCGGUGCGUAUGGCUAAGAUGGUGGGCUAUGUGAGUGCGGGGACUGUAGAGUACCUGCUUUCAGAGGACGGCAGUUUCCACUUCCUGGAGUUGAACCCCAGACUGCAGGUGGAGCAUCCAUGCACAGAAAUGAUAGCAGAUGUUAAUCUUCCAGCUGCACAGCUACAGAUAGCGAUGGGAAUCCCUCUGCACAGGAUUAAGGAUAUCCGUGUGCUGUAUGGUGAAACUCCGUGGGAUGACACCACCAUUAAUUUUGAGGAUCUGGAGUCUGUCCCCUGUCCUCGAGGCCACGUCAUUGCCGCUCGCAUCACCAGUGAGAACCCGGAUGAGGGCUUUAAGCCGAGCUCGGGCACGGUGCAGGAGCUGAAUUUCCGCAGCAGUAAGAACGUGUGGGGAUACUUCAGCGUGGGGGCCACAGGGGGGCUGCACGAGUUCGCUGACUCGCAGUUCGGACACUGUUUCUCCUGGGGAGAAAACCGAGAGGAAGCCAUCUCUAACAUGGUGGUGGCCAUGAAGGAGUUGUCUAUUCGAGGAGAUUUCAGGACCACAGUGGAGUAUCUGAUAAAGCUGCUGGAGACUGAGUGCUUCAGGAACAAUGACAUCGACACAGGAUGGCUGGACCACCUGAUCGCUGAGAAAGUGCAGGCAGAGAGGCCAGACACCAUGCUGGGGGUGGUGUGUGGAGCUCUACAUGUAGCUGAUGCCAGUUUCAGGAAAAGCAUGUCUGACUUUCUACACUCUCUCGAGAGAGGUCAGGUGUUACCUGCUGUUAGCCUGGUGAACACUGUGGAGGUGGAUCUGAUCUACGAGGGAAUCAAAUACUGCCUGAAGGUGGCCCGUCAGUCUCCCACCACCUACGUGAUUAUAAUGAACAACUCAGACAUAGAGAUUGAUGUCCACAGGCUGAGUGAUGGUGGCCUGCUCCUGUCCUACAGUGGCAGCAGCUACACCACCUACAUGAAGGAGGAAGUUGACAGAUACCGGAUCACGGUGGGCAAUAAGACGUGUGUGUUUGAGAAGAAGCGCGACCCCACGGUGCUGCGUUCACCUUCUGCUGGUAAACUGCUGCAGUACCUUGUGGAGGAUGGAGGACACGUGACCUCAGGAUAUCCGUAUGCUGAAAUCGAGGUGAUGAAGAUGGUGAUGACACUGACGGUGCAGGAAUCAGGCUGUGUUCACUUUGUAAAGAGACCCGGAGCCGUGUUAGAGCCCGGCUGUGUAGUGGCUCAUAUCGACCUGGACGACCCGAGCACCAUUCAGCCUGUGCAGCUGAACACUCAGCCGUUACCUGCACAGGAGCCGCUGCCCAUAGUGGGGGAGAAACUGCACCAGGUCUUCCAUAGCGUGCUGGAGAACCUGAUGAACGUCAUGGAUGGAUACUGCCUCUCUGAGCCCUAUUUCAGUAACAGACUGAAUAAGUGGGUGGACUCUCUGAUGCGGACUCUACGUGACCCUUCACUUCCACUACUGGAGCUGCAGGACAUCAUGACCAGCAUCUCGGGUCGUAUCCCUGUCACAGUGGAGAAAGUCAUCCGCAAGAUUAUGGCCCAGUACGCCAGCAACAUCACCUCUGUUCUCUGCCAGUUCCCCAGCCAGAGGAUUGCGAAUAUCCUGGACAGUCAUGCAGCCAUGCUACAGAAGAAGGCAGACCGUGAGGUUUUCUUCAUGAACACUCAGAGCAUGGUGCAGCUCGUGCAGAGGUAUCGUAGUGGUAUUCGAGGCUAUAUGAAGGCUGUAGUUUUGGACCUGCUGCGCCGUUACCUGCAGGUGGAGAUGCAGUUCCAACAGGGCACGUAUGAUAAGUGUGUGAUAAACCUGCGAGAGCAGUACAAGCCUGAUAUGACUCCUGUGCUCGAACACAUCUUCUCCCAUGCUCAGGUCUCCAAGAAGAACAUCCUGGUCUCCAUGCUCAUAGAUCAGCUUUGUAGCCGGGACCCGGCGCUGACAGAUGACGUGGUGGUGAUCCUGAAUGAGUUCACACAACUCAGUAAGAUGGAGAACUCAAAGGUUUCCCUGUGUUCCAGACAGGCUUUAAUCGCAUCCCAUUUGCCCUCCUAUGAAGUAAGACACAACCAGGUAGAGUCCAUCUUCUUGUCUGCUAUAGACAUGUAUGGCCACCAGUUCUGCCCCGAGAACCUCAAGAAACUCAUCCUGUCUGAGACUUCAAUCUUUGAUGUUUUACCCAGUUUCUUCUACCACGUUAACCGUGUGGUGUGUAUGGCUGCUUUAGAGGUGUAUGUGAGGAGAGGUUAUAUAGCCUAUGAGCUAAACAGUCUGCAGCAUCACCAGUUGAAUGAUGGCACGUGUGCUGUGCACUUUCAGUUCAUGCUCCCUUCAUCUCACCCCAACAGGUAACAUCCUCCCACCUCUACACACGCGCACACACACACACACACACACACACACACACACACACACACAC